GCCGCCCGUCUACCCGAAGCGGCUCCGGCCCGCGGGCGGCGCGGUCUCCGCCCACGCGGCGGCCGUGACCGUCGUGCUGCUCGGGUUUCUCGUCAUGAACCUGUGGUGGUACAUGAACUACCUCCUCAUCCCCGAGCGGCGGGAGGAGGUCUGGCCCUGGGCUUUCUGGUACCUCCUCAACCUGCCCUUCCUCUUCGGCUUCGGCGCCAAGCUCUGGUACCCGCUCUACGUGUCCACGGCGGGCCUGACCAUGAACGAGGCGCUCUGCUUCGACGACACGGCGCCGCUCGUCGCGGCCGACGGCGGGCCGUUCGGGACGUUGCUCCUUACCGUCGACUUCCGCAUGCGCUUCAUCCACGCGCGCCCGUCCGAGGAAAUCGCCCGCGUCCUCCUGUACUACGGCUACCCGCCCUGCGUGCUCCUCGUGACGGUGGUCUUCGUCUGGCCCUUCCUCGCGAACGGCUCCGCGGGCUACGCGAACUCGCUCUGGAACUACGGCGACGUCGACUCGUGCGGCGGGCGCCAGUGGGAGGACGACCGCGGCGCGCUCCUCGUCGACGUCGCCUACAUCACCGUCUGCCUCCUCUUCCUCAUCAUGGAGGAGCUCAGGCGCGACGUGCGCCUCUACCGCAGCAUCAAGCGCGUCCGCGCCCGCGCGGCACUCGACCGCCGGCGCGGCGCGUCUCGGCCGCGCGUCGGCGACCGCGCGGCGCGCGUCGGGGCGCGCCGCCGGCGCGCGUCGACGGCGGGCGGACGCGCCGCGCCGCGCGCAGGCGCCGCGCGCGACCGCGACCUCAAGCUCCUCAACAAGAUGCGGCCCUUCGUCAUCCUCGGCUUCUGCUGGAGUCUCUUCUCCGUGUUAUCCAUCUACAGCGAGACCGAGAAGGCCUGGGAGGCGAGCUUCGACGACUGGGGCGACUGCCUCCUCGCGCACUGGGCUCUGCCGAAAAAAGGCCAGAAGGACGCGUGCGGCGUCAGCGCCGCGUGGUGGGUCCUCUACACGCACAACGCGUCCGUCAAGCUCUGGAUCAAGCACUACCCGGCCAUGGCGAAGGUGCUGCCGUCGCCGCACCGCAAGCGCGACCCCGUCGACCGCGUGUGCUCCGCCGCGACGUCGAUGCUCGCGUCCGUCGACAGCUCGCUCGCGGACGUGCUCAAGGACACGGACCUCGCGUCGUCGGCCAUCCCGGACACCAUCGAGGAGGACACCAAGGGAUGCAUGCGCACGCUGGCGGUUGCCGGCCUCGCGCUCGGCGGCGCCUCCGCCUUCGUCGCCGCGCCGGCGCCGCGGGCGGCGACGCGCCCGCACCUCUUCGGCCUCGGCAAGCGAGACGCGCCGGCGCCGACGAACGCGGAGACGUUCAAGCCGAAGCUAGGGUCGCGCGUCGACGACGCCCUCGCGCGCGAGGUCACGCCGCAGAAGGGGCCGACCAUCGACUUCUCCGGCGGCGGCGCCAAGAUGGCGGCCUUCUACGGCGCGGACGCCGCGGAGUUCCCGAACUUCGCCGCGGUCUCCGUCGCGGCCGUGCCCCUCGUCGUGGCGGGCCGCCGGGACGACGGCGGGUCGGCGACGGUCCUCUCGUCGCGCGUCGUCGCCGGCGCCGGCGUCGUCUACGACGUCCAGUACGCCGUCGGCGGCCGCGUCGGCCGCGACGUCGGCGAGUCGCGGCUCGUGCUCGACGUCGAGAACGCGCGCCGCCCAAGGCGAGGCGCGGCGGCUCCCGGCGGCACGGAGCGCUCGCUCGGCGCGGCGCCCUCGGAGCCGUCGGCGACGGACCGCGCGAUCGCCGCGGAGACGGCGCUGCGCACGAAAACGCGAGAGCUUGAGCGCGUGCGACGCGAGCGGGACUCGCUCGCCGAGGCGGAGAAAGAGGAGUCCGCGCGUCUGGCACUAGCCCACGAGCGACGACGAGCGGCUCUGCGCGACGCCAGUCGCGCCCGAGGCGACGCCGUCCGCACGGAGGCCGGGGCGGCGGCCCUCGCGGAGACUUCCUACACCUCCGGCGUCCUCGCGGGCGCCGAGGAGCGCGACGCCGACGCCCUGGCCGUGCGCGACCAGGCGGCGCGCGACCGCGCGCACGAUCGCGCUGCGCUCGAGGCGGACGUGGCCCGCGCCCGAGAGGUCGCCGUGGAGGCGGAGCGCGGCCGCGAACGCGAACAGACGAAGCGCGAACGGGCCGAGGGCUGCGCGGAUGCGGAACGCGUCGUCUCCGAGACGGCCCUCGCCGAGCGCGACGCUCUGAUGCAGCGGUCCCUGUCCGGGAUCGUCGACUUCCUCAUGCCGAGCGGCGACGGCGGCGCGCUGACGAAAAUCCGCUCGUUCGACGCGCUCCUGACGUCGCCGUCGGCGCUCGACGACACGUCGAGGCGUCAGGCGGAUUACAUUCGGGCGGCGAUGCGGUGCUUCGAUGGCCUCGCCGACCUGCUCUCGGGCGGCGACGCGGAGCGCCUCGAGGUCGUCUUCGGCGCGUUCGACGCGUCGAUGGCGAAGCGGCGGCGCGUCCGCGGCGCGUCCGAGCGCGUGCUCGUGGCGCUCAAGGACAACAUCGCGACGGCGUGGCAGAACCACACGCAGGUGGGCGACUACACGGCGGCGACCCAGGUGCUGUCGCUCGCGAUCGUGCCUCGGAUGCGGGACUUCGGCUGGCGGGACCAGAUCCGCGCGUUCGUCAGCCGCGUGGUCCCCGUUACCACGGGCUCGGACGUGUUGGUCCUGCAGUUCCCGCAGGGGGUUAGGCGUGGCGACUACUGGCGCCGCGGCGUCUGCGUCGCGGUGUCGGAGGUCGGCUGCUUCGACGUGCGACCUCUCCCGACGACGGGCUCCGGCCGGCUGAUCUGCUUCGUCGAGGACCGCGUGCCGGCGGACCGCGUGCGCCACGCGGACUCGCUCAUCUGCACGAAGCACGACGUGCAGACGGCGGCGAAUCUCGCGAUGGACCGGUUCCCCGGCGCGCGGCGCGACGUGAUUUCGCGGAGCGGCUGGACGCGGAUCGGCAUCGAGCGCGCGGCUUUGACGGCGGCGUUCCUGCGGGACCCCUCCGUCGUCGUGCAGGCCGACGGCGGCGCGAGCACGGCCCGGCGGAAGACGAAGUGGUUCCUCAAGGAGGGCGUGCCCCGGCUGUUGAAGCGGCUCAAUCGACGCCUCGCCGACGCGGGCCUUCGGCGGAGCUCCGAGGCGCACUUUCGUGGGCUGCUCGCAGGCCCGGGCUAUGCGAAGCUGACGGCGGAGCUGUGCACGUGCGUGAAAUGCAGGGACCUCGGAUUCGUCGUCUACGACCUCCUCCGGAGCGUCGUCGCGGCGUGCUCCUUCUCGAUCUCCGUGUCCAUCCAGGAGAGGCUCUACAACCAGAUCGACGCGGAGGAGCGCUUCCGCUCCGGCGAGUUCCGGAGCCACCUCAAGGAGGAGUCCCACGUCGCGCAGCACUGCUUGUGCUACCUGCUCUCCUCGGAGAACGAGCCCUGCUUCCGCGAGCCCUGCGUCCACGGCCGGAAGGACGGGUCGACGCUGUCGCCGCCGAAGACCAUGGAGGAGAUCGUCGCGCCGCGGCGGCUGACGCGCCGAGACCACGAGGACGAGUGCAUGGUCUGCUACGGCGACGAGGGCUCGUUGCUGUGCUGCGCGUACUGCGCGCGCGCGGCGCACAAGGAGUGCAUCCGGCGCCACCACAACGACCUCGGCGGGUCCUCGGACAGCUGGACGCACCUCGAGUACAACGAGUUCGACGGCGGCCCGAGCGAUGGGAUCCCGCACGAGAUCGGCGAGCUCACGGCGCUGACGUACCUGUCGCUCCAAAACAACAAGAUCGACGGCACGCUCCCCGCACACCCAAACCUUGCACCUCAACACGCCGGAUUAGGGCAUGGCGGCCACCUUAUCGACGUAUUAGACGGCGACACCCGCUGCGACGGCACCGCGCUGUUCUACGGCGGCGAGUUGGCGAGGAACAAGCGGCUGCCGUGCGUGCUGAGCGUCGCGCCGAAGACCGGGGUCGUCUGCGACGCGCCGCUCUGGACCGAGUCCGACGAGUUGGACGCGACGUCGUUCUGCGCGGGCGCGAAGCGCGGGGAGGAGUUCUUGUUCUUCGGCGGUCUCGACCGCUACUUCCGCGUGACGAGCCUCUUGCGAUCUGCGGUCUCUCUUCGCAAAAAGACCGGCACGUCGACGGCGAAGAAGUACUUGUUCCGGAGCUACAAGGCCUCGGACGACACGCCGUCGCCGCGGUACGGGUGCUCCUUCACGUAUUUCGCGGAGUCGGGCGAGAUGUUCCUCUUCGGCGGCUUCACUGCGUCGCAGGCCGGCUCGCUGGCCGUCGUCGCGGACGACGCGAAGCUCUACGUCCUCUCUUCGAGAGACGCCGACGCGGACCCCUGGGAGCGGACGAGCCCCGGCGCGUGGUCUGCGGUCGGCGGCGCCACCGGGACCGGUCCCGGGCCGCGGGGCCUGCACGCCUGCGUCGCCGUCGGGUCCGCGCUCCUGCUCGGGGGCGGGCUGUGCGGCCCGAAAGGCCCGCUCUGCGCCGAAGAGGUCCACGCCUUUGACGUCGACGCCAAGGUCUGGAGCACGCUCGCCUUCGACGGGCCCAGCGUCGGCCUCCGGUACUGCCAUGCGAUGUUGCACGACGGGGACGACGGCGUCAUCGUCUUCGGCGGCAGCUCGUCCGUCUCCGAGCUUCCGGAGACGAACGCGCUCCAGCACUUCCGUCUCGACGGUGGACGCGCGUCCUUGCAGGCCCUCGCCUGGGACGGGCCGUCGUCGCCCCGGUCCUGCGCGGUGCUCAUCCCCAUGUCCGCGCCGAGGCCCUCGAGCACGACGUCGCAGACCUCGCAGACGCCGCGGCGAUUCGACGGUGUGUGGGUCGACGUCCACGUGCUCCAGAAGCAGCUCUGGUGGUGCGACGACGAGCAGGGCCUCGACCUCGCGUGGGAGGUGGUGCGGUUGGGGGAGGAGGCGCUUCGGGCGCACGGAUUUACGAUGCGAGCCCUCGGGCGGCACGCGAGCAAGGACAGCGUCAUGCACCUCAUCAACGCCGUCGACGUGACGCACGACGACCGCUACGCCUUCGAGGUCGACGAGUACGCGCGGGCGCGGUCCCAGAGCAGCGUCGCGGCCCCGCCGGAGCAGGCGGCGGCAGAACCCGAGGGCGCGCCGCCGCUGAAGAAGCCCCGCAAGGCUCUGACGACGAUCACGCAGCAGUGGCUCGGGCGGCGCCUCGGCCCCGACCUCAUCAAGGAGAUCGGCGUCGUGGCGGAACGCGAAGGCCUGCGGGGCAUCGACGUCGCUGCGUCGCUCCUCAAGUACGUCGCGCGCGCGGGCAACGACCGCAGCCAGUGGCGCAUCGGCGAUUGCGUCGAGACCAUGGUCACCGGCGGCGCCACGCCGUUCUGGUCCAAGGAGGAGAGUCUGGCCUACCGCAUCACGCAGGGCCUCUCCGUGGAGAAGUACAAGUGCCAGCGGAAGCUCGAGAAGCAGGUCACGGGCAAGUCCCUGUUGGCUCCGGCUGGUUCCAUCGACAUCUCCUUCCAGAAGACAUUUCUACCGGGCUGCGACGACGGCAUCUCUAUCACGGUCGACUUCGACGGCUACGCGUCGAUGGUCACGUCCUACUACGCGUCGUGCGAGUCGCCCCUGCACCUCGCGGCGCACCAGGGCGCGCGCGGCGCGCCGCCGAUAACUGUCGUGUCUUCUCCCUCGCAACUCUCGCAGUCGCCGCCGUCGCAGCCGAACUCGGCGCAGUCGAAGCGCGGCGCGAAGCCGUUGUCCGACACGAGCCCGCCCGCCUCGCAGCAGCCGCUGCCGCGCCAGUCGUCGCAGGUCGCGUAG